AGGGCCCGUAUGGGAUUUUUGCUGGAAGAGAUGCAUCCCGAGGCCUUGCCACUUUCUGCCUGGAUAAGGAGGCUCUGAGGGACGAUUACGAUGACCUCUCUGAUCUCAAUGCUACGCAGCAAGAGACCCUGAAGGACUGGGAAUCACAGUUCACUUUUAAGUAUCACCAUGUUGGUAAACUGCUGAAGGAAGGCGAGGAACCUACUGUAUACUCUGAUGAAGAAGAAAAAAAUGCUCAAGAUGGAAAGAAAGAGUAGAGAAUGUAGCGAGGAACAAUCCAUUUUUGUAUCUUAAAGGAUCAUUUGUAACAUUCCACUUCUGUUUCACAAGUCCUAACUGCAAGAAUGCUUACAAAAGGUCCAGGGCUACAGCUAAUUGCAUUUCUUUUCAUAGGUUUCCCUUUCAAAUUCAGUGGUAAACUGGUCAAGAUUAAAUGUCUGUCUUCCUCUAACCCUGCAUAAUCUGAAGCAUGCACAAAAAUUGUUUGUGCAAAAGUAAACUGCAAUUUUUGCAAUAAAAAGGAUCACUGUUUUCCUUCUGCCACUACUUAGUGCAGAGCAGGUUGAAAUUCAAAGCUUUUCAUUAACAACCUAACACUGCGGCCACAAGCACAAGAGCAACUUCACAUAUGUAAUCCAAAUUUCACUAAAUUUGGUUUAGUAUUAGCUUUCACAGGAUCUGGGCAUUGUUUUCUAAUUCUGAUUUCCUUAGAAAAUGGACUAUUUUUUU